GUACUUGCAUUCAGGUUUCUGCCCACGACAGCAACUUCAACGUCGCCAGCGCAAGCGCAUCAAUUCCCCACGCCGCAAUCAUGGCAGCUCUCCGCUCUUCCUCAUCACUAUUGCUCGGCGCUGCCGUGUCCAGGCCGGCCCUGCGCAUCGCCGCCGCCUCACCAGUCGCCGUCCGCGGCAUGGCCCAGCUCGCCGAUGGCGCUACGCACAGCUCAACGGCCGCGGGUAGCCAGACGGGCGCUGAGAAGCAGCCGAACCUCAAGACUUUCCAGGUCUACCGCUGGAACCCUGACACAACGACCGAAAAGCCGCGCAUGCAGAGCUACACCCUCGACCUGAACAAGACCGGGCCUAUGGUCCUCGAUGCCCUUAUUCGCAUCAAGAAUGAGCUCGACCCUACCCUUACUUUCCGCCGGAGUUGCAGAGAGGGCAUUUGUGGUAGCUGUGCCAUGAACAUCAAUGGCACCAACACGCUCGCCUGCCUUUGCCGUAUCCCCGCCGAGGACAAGGCUGAGAUGAAGAUCUACCCUCUUCCACACACCUACGUCGUCAAAGACCUGGUGCCCGAUCUUACACAGUUCUACAAGCAGUACAAGUCGAUCAAGCCUUACCUGCAAAGAGAGACGCCCGCUCCUGAUGGCAAGGAGUAUAGGCAGAGCAAGGCGGAUCGGAGGAAGCUUGAUGGCCUUUAUGAAUGCAUUCUGUGCGCUUGCUGCUCGACCUCGUGCCCGUCAUACUGGUGGAACUCGGAAGAGUACCUCGGUCCUGCCAUCCUUCUCCAGUCUUACCGGUGGCUGGCCGACUCUCGUGAUGAGAAGACGGCCGAGCGCAGGGACGCCCUCAAUAACUCCAUGAGCCUGUACCGCUGCCACACCAUCCUGAACUGCACUCGGACAUGCCCCAAGGGCCUCAACCCUGGUCUCGCUAUUGCACAAAUCAAGAAGGAGAUGGCAUUCUAAUUUGGGGGGGUGAGAUGGCUGUAGAGUUGGGAAUGACUAGGAGGGUGGCGUGGACGGCAAAAAGGGCGAUUGGGCGGUGUUAGUCCUGAUAUUCGGACUUUGGUAGAUAUGUAACCUUACCCUGGUCUCCUGCAUGGUUGGAGUUUACUUUGUCACAGUAACAGCAAUAGGAUGGCUUGCGUUUUGGCUUUGUUUGGCCACUUCAUUCGAGAUCGGUGACUUGAGCGGUGUCUGGGAUCCCGUCAGAGGCUCAGGUAGAAACCAGGGUCCUUCAAUCAUAUUCUAUUCGCUAUACCAUCAUGACAACGACCGAACUGAGGGUAUUUGGGGCUUGGAUAAGGAAACAAUGGGAACCAGGUUUGACGCCAAAAAAACCAUGAUAAUUCUACUUUUCGACGAGUUGACAGCCACCCAGGCACGUCCAGGCACAGGGGCAAACCGCAGACGAAAUCCUCCGGCAUGAAUAAACCAUAACACCAACCCCAUUUUAUCCCGCACUA